ACCCUGCCCCCCUGGAGGAGAACUCAGCUUUGUGCUCUGGAAAUACAUGAAAACUGGCGAGCCCCGUGCAGAGGACCAAAGACCCCGUUCCUGCCAAAGCCUUUAAAUGAGCGUCAGCCCCCGGGAGGACUAGUCGGGACUCACAGGAACCAAAGUCAGCCCCGUGGGAAGCAGAGCUCUCUCCGACAUGCAGCUGCACACCUUGGUCGCCUCUCUUUUUUUCUUUGUCCACAUCUCCUCCGGUCGUGGGGGAGCCCACAGACCCUACCGACAAGUCCUCACUGGAAACCAACCAGGUGUUUGUCGCUAUGGCAGGAGGCUGGAGUGUUGCUACGGCUGGAAGAAAAACAGUAAAGGACAGUGUGAAGCCCAGUGUGACCACGGCUGCAAGCACGGAGAGUGCGUUGGCCCCAACAAAUGCAAGUGUUUCCCAGGGCACACUGGCAAGACGUGCAAUCAAGAUCUGAACGAGUGCGGCCUGAAACCUCGUCCUUGUGAGCAUCGCUGCAUGAACACCUACGGAAGCUACAAAUGCUACUGCCUCAAUGGUUACACCGUAAUGCCUGACGGAUCGUGUGCAAGUUCCAGGACCUGCUCUGCUGCUCACUGCCAGUACGGCUGUGAGGAAGUUAAGGAGGAGACUCGCUGCCUCUGCCCGUCUGCAGGGCUGCAGCUGGGACAAGAUCAGAGGACAUGUAUAGAUAUUGAUGAGUGCGUAACGGGGAAUAACCUCUGCCCGUACAACAGACAAUGUGUGAACACCUUUGGAAGCUACUUCUGCAAAUGCCGGAGUGGCUACGACUUGAAAUACGUUGAGGGCAAAUACGACUGUGUGGACCUUGACGAGUGUGCGGCCGGCACCCACAAGUGCAGCCACCAUGCCGCCUGUACCAACACUCGAGGAUCCUUCAAGUGCAGCUGCAAGUCUGGCUUCAGGGGCAACGGCUUUGAAUGCUCCGUCAAGCCGUUUUAUCAGAGGUCGUGGGACGGAGACAAAGGCAGCGCAGAUGAUUUCCUCAAUGCCAUCGAGGACUCCCAAGUGAAGCCCGGCAUUCUGGGAGGUACUUUGGGCAACGAUGACAUCAAAAAUAUAAUCCCCGAACCGGUUGCAACGCCGCCUCCUAACAUCCAUCAGCAGCCUUUUGACUAUGAUGGAGAGGUCUACAUUGGCCCCGGGACGGACCAGGGACAGGUGGAUGAAAUUCCCGAGGAGGAUCAAGAAGAGGAGAAGGAAGAAGAGGAAAACAACCAGCUUAACCCCAGGGGAGACGUUUUCAUAACAGAGGAGUUUGAAUCUGUGUUUGGCCCUGGCACAGAAGUCAAAGAAAUCCAAAUAACACCCGUUCAGGAAGAGUUCAUCAUCGAUUGCAACUUUGAUCAGGGAGCAUGCGAGUGGGUCCAAGACAAGGCUGAUGACAUGGACUGGAGCGUGUCCUAUCAUAACGGUGCCGAAUACUACAUGGCCAUGAGUGGGCUCCUCGGGGAGCCAGAGGAUGUAGCCAAGCUCAAGUUGCUUCUCAGUGACAAGGCCCAGCAGGGCAGCUUCUGCCUCACCUUUGACUACCGUGUGGUGGGCCGUAACGUGGGGACCCUCAGGGUGCUGCUGGGUAACAGCGCUUACCCCGUAUGGGAGCGGAGCCAGAGCAGAGACCAAGGCUGGCAGACGGAGCUCCUCACUGUGGCCUGGAAAGAGGAAGCGCCACAGUCGAUCGUCUUUGAAGCUCAGCACGGGAAAGAGGUCGGAGGAGAGAUUGGACUGGACAAUGUUGUGCUGACCUCAGGGCCCUGUCAAGAUGAUCUCAGCCCAUUUGUUUAAGAAAUCUCAUCCUCGGAUUUACAAAUUUAAAAAUUCCUGUUUCGUCUUGGUCUGGAGUUAAAAACUGUCUUGCAAGACAUUCACAUAUGUACUAUUGGGGCAUGCAAGUUUACUUAAUCGCCAUGCUGCCACAUUGGUACUUUGGCUUCCUUUCUAUUGGGAUUUUCAAAAAGGCAUGACCGAGAUCUCAGGAAUAGGUGGAAAUGCUCACAUUGUCUGUUACUUAGAUGCAACAGUAUUGUGCUUAGUCCUUUGUUGUGUAUGUGUUUUAACAGGAAAUAAUCUGACAUGUGAUGUGAAUUCUUAGGUGAAUCAAAUCUAAAAUGCAAUGCUAAAUGAAUAACCUUAUGAAGUCUGGUUAGUUUAAAUGAUAAAAAGUAUCAGUAUGUAACUGCUGUACAUUUUGCUUUCUUAUUAUAUUGUACUAUAACAAUAAAUCGUUUUUUUCUAA